AAAUUCCGUUAGCAAGGAAUGGAAUCAUUCGAAAUACUGUACGCAAAAGAAAGUAUUCGGCUGUCGACACAGACAUCGUCUAGCCAAGACUGCAACCCUUGCAAGAUGGAGUAUUUGAAAGCUUUUCGGUUGAGAAAUGACAUUGUUUUCGAAAUACCGCUAUCAAGGACUAGAACCAUUCGAAGUAUAUCCAAAAGUAUUCGACAUUCGGAAACAACAUCCGACAUGUAUUCAAAAUUUCGAAAUCGUCUAGCCAGCACCACAACCCUUGGUUCAAAAAUUCGAUUGCAUAUGAAAAACUCUAUUUUCUGGCCCCCAAAAACAGUGCUAAAAAUUGCACCAGAAACCGCGAGAAAUGCACGAAAAUCUAUCAUUUGGAUCUGCGGCUAAAUGGAAUCUGCGCCUGUCCAUCUUUUAAUUAGAGCGCCUUGUCCAGCUGUAAGUAUUCUUUGAUUAUUCUUUUGCCGCUAUUUGGUUUCAUAAUUUCCAAC